GCUCGAAUGUAGUCCCGACCCCAACCUGUUUGUUGUGUCCGCCUUAUUAAAGGUACACGGAUGACAUAAGAGUGUGGAUUCAUUCUUUAUCGACUCAGUGUUCUUUCCUGCGGGGAAUUGGGUGAGUCAAUGAAGGUAGCCAGCCAACCUGCCUAACUCAAAGCGAAGACCUCGUCGAGCCUUGCAGCCAUGUCCGCGGACCUCGAAGUUCAAGCGCCUGAGCUACUGGUUCCUCUUCAUAGACACAGUGCUCCGAACCUUCUGCGUUCAUGGCGUCUUCGGCGAGCCGCCUCAGCUGGAUCGGCAAGUGUCGGAAGUACCCCUGAGGUCACGCGAGGCUUGCUUGGUCUGAAUCUCCUGUUUGAGCCGUCAGAGCCAAGAUUAGAUAUAAUAUUUGUACAUGGACUGCAAGGUGGUUCGAGAAAGACCUGGUCUCUCGACCCUACAGACCCUUUGACAUAUUGGCCGAGAGAAUGGCUACCCCUCGAACCUGGAUUUCGACAUGCACGAAUACACAGCUUUGGAUACGAUUCGGACUGGAGGAAAUCGGCCGUUAGCACCUUAACAGUACAUGACUUCGCAUUGGCAUUAUUAGCAGAUCUCAAGCAUUCCCAGGCCUUCAAGCGAAAUGGUAAUACGCCCAUCGUAUUCGUCGCUCACAGCAUGGGUGGACUAGUCAUCAAGAAGGCCUUUCUCUUAGCCACGAGGAACGAAACCUACAAAGACAUUUCUUCGCGGAUUCAUACAAUGUACUUCCUCGGUACACCGCACAGAGGAUCAGAUUCCGCUGCAUACUUGAAAGCAUACUUGUCAUUACCUUUGCCAACAGGUGCCAAAUCGUUUGUGAAGGAACUCAUGCCCGAUUCUCAAACCGUUCAUGAUAUUAACUAUGAGUUUCGAUACGCAUGCUCAAAAUUGAAACUUUUCUCCUUUUUCGAAAGUCAACCUACAGCUGGGGUCAUGAUCGUCGAGAAGCAAUCCGCAGUAAUCGGGUUACCAAAUGAGGAGGAGCAGUAUCUACCAGUCGAUCAUCGCCAUUUAUGCAAGUUCGAAAGUGACCAAGAUCCAGGUUAUCUUAUUAUUAUGAGAAAACUCAAGACCACUGUCGAAGACAUACUUAAGGACUAUGAAUCUCAAUACAGAGAAGAGUACCACUCUCAGAUGAACAUAAUAUCUAAGGCAUUUGACAAUGCGCUACGACCUUGUAACGACUUAUAUGCGACGCAGACCCCAUCGAAAUACCACAGUGGCUCCUGCCAAUGGUUAACGGACGAUGCGAUGUUUUCGCGAUGGCUAAGUCCGGAUCCCGACGGUGAUGAAGUUGAUCCAUUGGCCACUCCCCAAGCUAGUUCUGACUCCCGCUUUCUCUGGCUGUAUGGCCCCCCAGGGUCUGGAAAGUCCAUUGCUUCAGGCCACACUAUCAACUUUCUUGACUCGAACAAUUUUGAUGUCAGCUACUACUUUUUCAAGGCCGGAAUGAACUCUACAGUGGCCAUGUUGUUGCUCAGCUUGGCUUAUCAGAUGGCCGAGGCGAACCUCGAGACCCGACAGAGUUUCCUAGCCAUGAUCAAAGAUGGGAGUAUUAUUAAUUCGCAUGAUUACACUAUGAUAUGGAAUACUCUGUUUCUAGGAUGUAUCUUGAAGACUCAAUUCCGCCAGCCCCAAUAUUGGGUGAUUGACGCAUUGGAUGAAUGUCCAAGAGACUCCCUUGUCAGUCUGGUUCAGAUGUUGGCAAGAGUCAACCCGAAUAUUCCACUUAAAAUAUUCCUCAGCAGCCGACCAGAGAGUAGAAUCCAACAAAUAUUUGAGCAUGAGAAUAUUAGAUACAUCAAGUUUCAGACGGGCCAAGGCGAGUCCCUGCGAGAUAUUGGUGCCUAUCUUCUUUCAUGGCCUAAAUUACGGGAGGAGGGAGACAGCCAGCCUCUAGUGGACUUGAUACUCCAAAAGUCAGACGGCAUUUUUCUUUGGGCUGCACUCAUCAUGGAUCGCUUAGAAGAUUGCUAUAGCAUUGAGGACAUGGAAUCAGUCGUCAAGGGUGUUCCAAGUGAAAUGAACGACUUCUAUGCUGACAUUGUUGACAAGAUCGAACAGUCUACCAACGCAGAUCUUGCAAAAUGUAUCCUUAAGUGGAUUGUUAGCGCACCCGAGCCACUUUCGGUUGAUGAACUGAGGGAGGCUGUCAAGUUGGACAUCAAGCGGACUCUUCUUGCCUCCGGGUCACAUAUAGCAUUAUCCCAGAUUUGCCGGAACCUGGUCCUAGUCAACGAAGAUGGACAUGUUCAACUCAUGCACCAAACAGUCAAAACCUACAUAACGUCCAAGGACUCAAACUUUUACAUAUCAAAACGCCAGGCGCACGAGGAUAUUGCACUUAUUUGCUUAACGUACCUGAACGGGCCCGACUUCCAACCUCGCAAUAGUCGACGCACACAGAGUAGUAAUGUUACUAGCGCAGCUUUCGAUAGAUACACUAUCAGGAAUUUCGCAUAUCAUCUCGAACAUGCGCGCUCGCUCUCUCGCUCAACUUUCGCUGACUUGCAGACGUUUAUGAACACGAAAGCGCCGGUGUGGGUAGAGCGCAUUGCCGAGACGGGAAAACUCAGCCCGAUGAUCAGAGCCAUUAAAAGUCUGAAGCAGUAUCUCGCGCGACUUCUUGACACGAAUCAUCCUCUUGACAACAGCUUACAGGAAUUGGGUGCUUGGACGAAUGACCUCACUCGUUUAGUCACGAACUUCGGCAUCAACAUCGUUGACUCGCCGUCUUCUAUUUAUACCUCAAUCCCGUCGUUAUGUCCGAGCUCAUCAAUGAUCCAUAAGUAUCACACAGGCCGACUUAGACAAAAGGUUAUUUGCCCAUCGAACAAGAGCUGGGACGAGCGAUCUUCGUGCAUACCGCUCCAAAGCGAUGCCAAAUCUGUUGCAACUAGCUCUAAAUAUGUGGCCGUAGGUUUGGUGAAAGGGCAGGUCCGCAUAUAUGACCAUUCGACACUGGAAUUGGUUGAUGAGCUGCACCACGGUGGCCCAGUGAGACAGCUUACUUUCGGGAACAUAUCAGGGGUUUUGGUGUCUGGUAGCCCUAGACUUAUCACGAUGUGGUCAGCUGAUCGGACGAAGCUUUGGACUUCUGCCAUCACCGGUAUUCUAUUUUCAGUUUGCUUUAGUCCGGAUGACUCGCUGGUCUUUGCGACGGUCAAAGGAGAAAUUGACAAAUUGAUAAUGGCCUUCGACACUCAAGACGGAACAACCGUUGGAUAUAUGCAGAUUGACAACGACACUGCGGACUCGGAUUCGGACGAUAACACGAAGUCCCGUGCCCGGUAUAUCCCCGAGGUGGUGAAAAUGUCUCCGCUACUAGGCCUUGCCGCCGUGUCUUACAGGAGCACACAUCUAACAUUAUACUCUACUGAUUUUAGGUUCAACAGAAUGUCUCGUAUCGGUCGCUUUGCAAAAGAAGGAUCAGAGGAUUCCGCACUGCCGCCUCAGGUUCUAGACGUGGCCUUUUGUCCCGCGACGGAAUACAGGUCGUUUGCUGUACUCUACCAAGAUGGUGAUUUGGUCACUGCCGAACUUGACCAUUAUGAACGUGCUAGCCAACGCGACGUAUAUCACAUAUUCGCACGAGUUUUAGCCGUGUCGCCCGAUGGCCACGUUCUUGCAGCAGGUGAAAAUAGUGGCGCUGUCUCAUUAUUCGCCUUUGACACCUUACAGUUAAUCCACCGCAUCACUUAUGACAGCAUUGUCACUGGUAUUAUUUUCGCACCCAAUAGUCUGUGUUUCUACGAUAUUCGAGGUCGAACGUGCAACGUCUGGGAGCCUCCUAGUCUUCUAAGAAAGGAUCGAUUCGAUGAUGACUCAAGCCAGGCCGAUGAAUCUCAGCAUGAACCCAAGAAUACCGUUGUCUCACGUAUAUCAGAUCAAAAGAAGGAUAUCACCACUAUUGCUCAAGCGGGCGAUGAUUUUUUCAUGUUCUGUGGUCGCGCGGACGGAUCUAUUACGAUCCAUAACGUCACUGAUGGGAAAGUGGCCAUGGAAAUAGGCGAGCAUAAAGUAUCCAUUCUCCAUCUUACUUGGAAUCACAAACUCAAGAUCCUCUAUAGUGUGGAUAUAGCUAGUCGCUGCAUUGCUACCCGUUUAACCGUUUCAAGAGCAGGUCAGUGGAACAAACUCGACCAGCUCUUCAAUCAUAAGAUAAACGAUAGAGUCACGCAGGUUAUUGCCAAGCAGGAUGAAAUGGCAGUGCUCAUAGCCACCGAAUCUAAACAGAUAUUGAGGGAGGAAGACACAUUUACCUCCUAUGCCGAGACUACAGAUAACAUGGUUUGGAUGCUACACCCGACGAACAAAGACCAACUACUUCUGAUUAACGGGAGCAUGAUCCAACUAUACAACUGGAAGGGAUUGAAAAAGGUUGACGAAGCACCUACAAUUUCCAUCCUAACACCACCGGACAUCGAGAUCAGUACUAGUCCUACCAGCCAGUGGGCAUGUCGCAUCGGCACUGCCCUCUUCGUUCAGGCCUUGAACGCAGGGUCGGAGGCGAAAACAGCAUUACUAGCACUCGACACCUCAAGACUACAAUUAGCUUCCCCUAAGACGCCUUUGAUAGGAACAAUCUACAAGCUACCGUGCGAGAUCAGGACACUAAUAGGCGUCUUCGGUUCAAAAGUCUUCUUCCUCACUCGACGCGGCUGGAUCUGCUCCUACAACCUGAAAAGUCCGUCAGGCGCAAAGCACUACUCGAGACACUUCUUCAUACCCCCUUUUUGGCGCACCGGGAACGACUUAAUGAUACACAUAGUAUCCAAAAACCACGUGGCAUUGGUAUAUCGCGAUGAACUAGUACUAUUGCAGAGGUUCCUGGACCUUGAAGAAAAAAUCCCGCUAGAUGGAGCGAAAUGAGUAUGACGACGCAUAGAAGCUCGUGAUUGCACAUAUAGAGAUUUUUGUAUAUAGAUACAUAUUUUACGUAAGGCAUACAUAACUACCUUUAAC